GCCCCGCCGCGCCGGGCUGGGGCAGUCCCCGGCCGCGCCCGCAAGAUGGCGGCCGGCCGCCCCGGAAGCGCUCGGUGCGCGGGGAGGCGCCCAAGAUGGCGUGGUGGUGGUGCUGGGCCCGCGCCGCCGGCCCGCGGGCGCACAGGCUGACGGUGCUGCUGGAGCCGCGGCGGGGGUUCCGGCGGGCGCGGCCGCGGGGUUAUCCCGCCGUUGCCCAGUUCACAGGCACCGCCUUUGGGGCCGCUGCCAUCUGGCAGUACGAGGCGCUCAAGUCCCGGGUCCAGACGUAUUUUGAGGAAGCUCGGGCGGACUGGUUGGACAAAAUCCGGCCGCAGAAGAGGGGGGACUUCAGAAAGCAGGUUAACAGCUGGUGGAAUAACCUGACUGAGGGUCAGCGGACUGUGACAGGUAUUAUAGCUGCAAAUGUCUUCGUAUUCUGUUUAUGGAGGCUACCUGGUAUGCGACGGAUUAUGUUUACGUAUUUCACCUCAGAUCCAUCCUCCAGAGCCUUGUGUUCUCCAAUGCUGCUCUCUACGUUUAGUCACUUCUCUCUUUUCCACAUGGCAGCAAAUAUGUAUGUUCUAUGGAGUUUUUCCAGCAGCAUUGUCUCUCUUCUGGGAUGUGAGCAGUUCAUUGCAGUGUAUCUUUCUGCUGGUGUUGUCUCUACUUUUGUCAGUUAUGUUGCUAAAAUGGCCACUGGAAAGUUUGAACCAUCCCUUGGAGCUUCAGGAGCUAUAAUGACUGUCCUUGCAGCUGUAUGCACAAAGAUGCCAGAAGCAAAACUAGCCAUCAUAUUUCUUCCAAUGUUCACAUUUACAGCAGGAAGUGCUUUAAAAGCCAUAAUUGCAUUUGACACUGCAGGGCUUGCUCUAGGCUGGAGAUUUUUUGAUCAUGCUGCACAUCUAGGGGGAGCUCUAUUUGGAAUGUGGUAUGUGACUUAUGGUCACGAGCUCAUAUGGAAAAACAGAGAACCUCUGGUGAAAGCUUGGCAUGAACUGAGGACAAAGAACACGGGAAAAGGAGGUGGAAGAUCUAAUUAAUCCUAAUCCUAGAGGUUUCUUGUGCUGAAGUGGUAUAUUACUUGAAGACAUGGGAUUGAAUUGGUUUUGAAGGUUGUUUUUUCUUGCUACUCCACAUUAGAAACCUCAGCUCCUUAGAGGACUAACAUAAACUACAGUUACAAAAAGGCAUAUCAAUAGAAAAUGAACUCUGACAAAGGUGGAACGAUAAAGGUUUUUAUCCUAUUUCCCUGCAGUAGCAGCCUGUGUUACAUUUUUUUUUAAAGAUGCACAAAGCUUUCCAAUAAAGUUAUCAACAAACUGUAAGUUUAGCGUAGCUGGUUAAUACUUAGGAAGGUACCUAUCUGAAAUACUGUGGGAUCCAUACCCCCUAGUGUCCACCAAACAACACUGGGUGCUUUUCUAGUUUUAGACAUAGCCUAAUUGGGCUCAGCAUAAUGCUACUAUGAUGAAGUUCAGUGGUCUCUAUUGUUGAAAAGAUUGGGUUAGUUAAGACAAUGGUCUCUUCUGAUCUAAACUUGAAAUACAUGAAGCAAUACUGUCAGGUUUGUACAGGUAGACAUAGCCUACAUCCUGGUUAAUGGUCCAGCUUUAUUCAUCACCUUAUUCAAUGUCUUAAUGUCUCUGUGCUUCCAAGAUACUGUCGUAUCUUGUUAUACUUUACUAACAAGAUAUCUGUUUAUCUCUUUCAUAAUUAUGUGAGAGAAAGAAUUUCCUACACUGGGGUUUUAGACAUUUUACCUUAAGUUGUACUGCUUUCUCUCUCUUCUACUGCAUUAAUCUUUUAAGUUGUGCUCUUUUGUAGAUUUCGUUAAGUUUUUUUUGUAAGAAUUUCAGAACAAUAACAUUUGAUUCAGAAUCUGCUGUUAAAAAAGAAAUAAGCAGCUUCAACAAAAAUGGAAGAGUCUGAGAUCAGCAAUAUCGUAACCAGAAGCAACUGCUAAAGUAAGAUUGAUCACAGUACCGUGGCCAGUGUUCCUAAUUAUACAAA